GACCUUAAAAUUAUAAAAGAAAUCUAUUUAGAAGUCAAGAAAGGUAUCGAAGAAAUACUUGAGAUUAUAAUCAAUAUGAUAGAAGCAGAUCUAGAGAUUAUAAUCGAUAUGAUAGAAGCAGAUUUAGAAGUCAGUUUAGAAACCAAGAA